AUGUUGACCCGUUCUCUUUUUUGCAGCCAUGAACCUUGGGAGCGUGGCGAUGAUGGCGAGGCGAGCAAAGCUGAACAUUCUGAAGACGGCGCGGGGGGGGGGGGGGGCGGUGGGGGCUCUCAAGCUACCACGAAGCCCAAUUCAUCUGACGGUCCUUCUGCUAAGCUAAAGGCGUUGCUUCCCUCAAGCAAGUCCCUUACGCACGCGGGGCAGGCCACGCUUGCGAGCGGGGCUGAUGGAUUGAUGACCGUGCAAACGAGAAGCGAUCUGAUAUGCAAAAGCCGCGAUGCUGGGAAGCGUAUUGUUGAGGCUCCGGCGAAGGACCCGGAAGAGGAACGAAAGAAAGUCAAAGCAACUGCCCUGACCGAGACCGUUGCAUUCUCCCCCCACUCCUCACUUCGCGAGGAUUGUGCUCGCCGUAUGCUUCACGGGCUGUCAGGGAAGCUGCUCGUGCCGCAGGAGUAUAUCGACGUUGAAGAUCGUCAACAAGGCACUGGGUUGGCACCGCCGCACGUUUCCUUCUGGUUGCUGGAGUUGGUUUAUCUCAUAUUGGAAUGA